AUGACGGACGAGAUUGAACCAAGCGUACAAAAUGAAGAAAAAGAAGAGAAGAAAUUAAGCAAAUUAAAUGUUAAUGAAGAAAAAGACGAGAAGAAAAUCAGUGUAUUAAAAGAUGGCCAAGAAAAAGAAGAGAAGAAAAUGGGUAUAUUAAAAAAUGAUCUAGAAAAAGUUGAGGCCAAAUUAAGUAAAUUAGACGAUGAUGAAGAAUAUGAUUAUAUUACAGUACCACCAGAUGGAGGUUUUGGUUGGGUUGUUCUUGUGGCAUGUUUUCUUAUUAAUUUGAUUAUUGAUGGCUUUAUUUAUGCAUUUGGUGCCAUAUCGAAUGAUCUUCGAGAUCAUUUUAAGUGUCAAGAAUGGGCUUCAUCACUCAUUAUUGGAUUAGCUGGUGGCUUUUAUAUGCUUAGCGCUCCAGUAGCUUCUGCUUUAUGUAAUAAAUGGGGCUGUCGUCGGAUUGGUAUUAUUGGAAGUGUUAUUGCUGCAUGCGCUAUUGCAGCAUCGAUAUUUUCACCACAUAUUGUGAUAAUGUGGUUACUAUUCGGUGUUAUUGCUGGUACUGGUAUGGGCUUUAUUUAUUUACCAAGUAUUGUCAUGGUUGGAUAUUAUUUUGAAGAAAAACGUGCUAUUGCAACAGGUAUUGUUACGGCUGGUACGGGAGUUGGUAUAAUGGGAUUUGGACCUUUAGCACGUUUAUUAUUCAAUUUAUUUCGUUGGAAACUUGGGUUAUUUUUAAUGGCACUUAUAGUUCUUUGUUGUGCUCUGUGCUGUGCAUUUAUGCGCCCUUUACAACCAAUACGAAAACGGCGUGUUUUGCCGUUGCCUGAAAAAAUGGAUUAUGUUGUGCAAAAAGUCAUGACACCAGCAUCUUCAAUCAAAGGAGCUAAAGUUGCACCAACAAUUGUCAUAAUACCAUCGCCACAAGACGAAGAACAAAGUUUACCUGAUGUGAUAUUGGAAGACGACAAUAAAAGACGAUCUCGAACUGCGUCAGGUGUAUCAAAUAAAUCACGACAUAGUAUUAGAGCUGAAGACGCUGUUCGUCCCUUAUAUAAAGAAGAUGUACUCUAUCAAGGUGAUACAAGAGAUUUACCUGAAUUUCAAUCUCAACCUGAUAUACCCACAUAUGUUCAACAAACAACAAAAGUUCCUGAAACUGUCGACGAAACUAAAAUGAAAGCAUUUUGGGAUGUACUUCUUGCUAUGACAAAUAUUCAUCUGUUACGUGAUAAGAAGAUGAUGAUUAUUUGUGUGGCUAAUGUUUUUUCAAUGGUUGGCUAUUAUAUACCUUUUCUGUUUAUCGUUGAUUUUGCUUCAUCAGACAGAAAUAUUCCUCGAGAUACAGCCGUUUUUCUACUAACGUGUAUUGGCGUUACUAAUACAAUUUCUCGAUUUGCAUCUGGUUGGGUAACAAAAAUUCCUUUCAUGUCGCCAUUGCUUGUCAAUAAUAUUGGUUUAACUGUCGGUGGUGCACUUUUAUUCCUUGUACCACUAUGCCGUUCAUAUUUCUCUCUUAUAUGUAUUUGCUUAAUGUGGGGUGGUUUUGCUGCAUUUCAUAUUUCAUUAAGUCCCGUAAUUGUUUGUCAACUUGUUGGUCUUGAGCUUUAUAGUAGUGCAUUGGGUUUAUCUUUAAUGUUUCGUGGUGUAGCAGUAUUAGCUGGUCCACCUCUUAUGGGUGCAAUUCGUGAUAUAACAUCAAGUUUUUCAUUGGUAUUUGUAAUUGGUGGUUUUACUCUUAUAAUCAGUGCUCUUAUGCAUUUUUCUCUUAUGUGGAUGGAACGUUCAAAUAAAGUAGAAGUUCAUGAAACAAAUAAAGCUAAAGCAUCUCAGGAAAAUCCAGUUGCAUCUGGAGUUUAA